AUGGCAACUGACGUCUCAGAACUUAUUGCCAACCAGGAAUCAAUUUUCCUAGCACUGAAGCAAGUAUGUGGAAACUACAGGAAAGACAGUCCCUCGAGGAAAACGCUGGAGUACCUGGAGGAACGUCUACAUCUCCUUAACUCUAACUGGGAGAAGUUUGUGGGCUACCACAUGAAAUUAGUGAAAACAGGACUAACGGACAUCCAAUACUUCCGGGAUGACGUAUACGCGAAGAUGAAAGCAUCGUAUGAAGAAGUGUUGCAAGACAUGCUCCAACGAAAGGCGGUGUUGACUUCGAAAACUACAAGUAAGUCGGAAAAAACAUCUACCUCUGAGCAUACAACAUCAACUACUUCGAAAUUUAAUUUUGAAGAAGUUAAAUUCGACGUACCACCUUGCGAAACAACUGAAACUAAAGAAAGGCAGCAAGAAAUGUUACGCCAACAAUAUUGUAAUUUUAGAGCUUUCGAACGCACUGUGGAGAAAACUUAUAUAGAAAAAAUCACGGAGAAAUGGGAGCUUGAAGAUGCCUUGAAAAUUUUAAAAAACAAGUGGGAAAAUAUAGAAAAAAUACACUGGGAACUAGAUUACAUACUACAAGAUGAUAAUUCAACUUACAAGCUGAAAUAUGAAGCCUUAGAGAACGUCUACGAUGUUUUACGUAAAGAAUUAAACCACAAAAUAUGGAACAACUCACAUUACCAACAAUCUACGCCUAAGAUUGUCAUUCCCGACUUCUAUGGGAACUACAAUCAGUGGUUAACUUUCAAAGAUCUUUUUAUUGAGAGCGUACACAACAACCCUCUCCUUUCUAAAGCACAAAAAAUGCAGCACCUGAAGUCUAAGCUCAAGGGUGAAGCUGAGAGAAUAGUAUCACAUCUCGGAGUGAGCGCCGAAAACUAUACUUCCUGUUGGGAACUACUUACGACUAGAUACGACAACCGGAGUCUACUAUUCAAUUCUUAUAUGAACACUCUAUUCAACCACCCCACUUUGCAUGAGGAGAACGCCGUGGGCAUUAGAAAACUCCAUGACGUCAUCAAGGAGUGCCUAAACGGAUUACGUAACAUUGGAGUCGACGUAGAGUCAUGGGGACCCAUAGUUGUAUAUUUCAUGGGUCAAAAACUUGAUCCCACCAGCUGCAGGGAAUACAGGAAAGAACGUUACAAUCCUAGAGGAUUGCCGAACUUAGAAGAAUUCACCCAAUUUUUGGAAACGAAAUUCAUGUCUCUUGAAUCAAUGCAAGGCGACAAAAUUCAAAAGUCAUCAUCUAUGAAUAAACAACAAACUAACUACAAGCUUCCAAGUAACAACGUCAAACAGCAGCAUAAUAAUUACAAAAAUAAUUAUUAUUCUCCGAAAGGGUCAACAAAAUAUAACAAUGCUAAAAUAGAGACAAAUUCUUAUUUUACUAUAGCACGAACGUGCCCACUCUGCAAAACUGAUCAACAUGUGCUAAUGCAGUGUCAGAAAUUUUUGAAUAUGACCCCAAUUGGUCGUCGUAACACAAUUAGAAAUUUACAAUUGUGUAAAAACUGUUUAUUUAGUCACGGAAAUAAUAUAUGCACGUCUCAGAAAAAAUGUAAACUUUGUAAUAAGGGUCAUCACACACUUAUGCACGAGGCGGAAAUUGAAAAUCAAAACAAUCACCAAAAUUUUAACCAACCAUCAACUUCGAGAAUCAAUGCCGUUAAUAACGUAACGAACGAAGAUAAAGAAGUUUUACUAACCACUGUACAGCUGCGAACAAAAACUAUAGAUGGAAGUUACAUAACGCUGCGAGGACUACUUGACCAAGGCUCUCAAGUAAGCCUAAUUACUGAAGAUGCUGCACAGCGGCUCAGACUAAAGAGAACAAAACUAAGCGCAGUAGUAUCCGGAAUCGGGUCGCAAUCCGGAAACUGUACGGGAGCUGUGAACUUAGAAUGCAAGUCAAUUCAUUCCGACUACACGCUCAACAUCGAAGCUUUGGUAAUGAAAAAGCUUAUAAAUAACUUACCGAGCACUUCGUUUUCCAUAGACAACUGGCAAUACUUACAAAACUUAAAAUUAGCUGACCCUAACUUCAACGUCUCGGGCCCGGUUGACCUACUGCUGGGUGCCGACCUUUACUCCGACAUCAUACUCGACGGCGUGAUGAGAAGCGAUAACUUACCUGUAGCACAACAAACGAAGAUGGGAUGGAUAGUCAGUGGAAGCGUGAAGACGUUCAACUGCCUUGUAAUAUAUAACGACCUGAAAAACAUGUCUCGUUUCUGGGAAUCGGAAGAGAUAACUCCUAACUCAACCGAUAUAACUAAUCAGGACUUCUGUGAACAGAUGUAUUCUGAAACUACAACUAGACUACCAAACGGAAACUACGUGGUUCAGAUGCCUAUGAAGCCAGGCUAUGAACAUGACUUACCAACUACGAGACCUCAGGCACUAUCCCAGUUCAUGCAACUUGAGCGAAAAAUGGAGAAGAAUAAUGAAUAUAGCAGAGAGUACAAUCGUUUCAUGAAUGAAUACAUUACAAUGGGACACAUGAAACCUAUAACUGAACAAACAAAACAAAAACAUCGUGUGUACUUACCUCACCACGGUGUACUUAGAUCUGAGUCCACGACGACCAAACUACGGGCUGUCUUUAACGCCUCAUACAAAACUAAAAACAACCGAAGUCUCAACGACCUAAUGUACACCGGGCCUAAUUUGCAGAAUGAUAUGUUAACACUGCUGAUCAACUGGCGAACUUUCAAAUACGUUUUCACUGCGGACGUGGAGAAAAUGUACAGACAGAUUUGGCUUACUGAAAAUCAACAACAGCUGCAAAUGGUUUUCUGGAGAGGAUCACGUACGGAACCUCUACAAGAAUGGCAACUUUGUACUGUCACAUACGGUACCAAGGCUGCACCCUACCUAGCGAUGCGAACGUUGCAUCAACUCAGUCAAGAUGAAAAACAUAACUAUCCAAAGGCAGCAGAAGUCCUCAAAAACUAUUUUUAUAUGGACGAUUUAGUCUACGGACAAGACACAAUUGAAUCAUCUGAACAACUAAUAACCGAACUUAUUGAAUUACUUAAACAAGGAGGCUUCAACUUACGGAAGUGGAACAGCAACGAACCGACCAUUUUAAAAAACUUACAAGAUGAUCAGCGCUGUAACAAAACGACAAUCAACUUCACUCCUGAACAAACUUCAAACACAAAAACACUCGGAAUGCGCUGGAACCCGGCCGCCGACACAUUCACCUAUAACUGGAAUAUACCUGCAAAAGAAAACUUAACUAAACGAAACUUACUCGCACAAAUAAGCAAACUCUACGAUCCACUCGGAUGGCUCUCACCUACAACUAUUAAAGCCAAGUUACUUUUCCAAAAGGUGUGGAUGAGUGAAACGGAAUGGGACGAAAAAUUACCUGCUGAAAUAACUAAGGAAUGGGAGAACAUGCGACAAGACCUACCCAACAUAAACAAACUAACUAUACCUAGAUGGUUACAUUGCAUUAACAAUGAACUUGAAAUUCAUGGAUAUUGUGACGCAAGUGAAAAAGCAUACGCUUGUGUACUAUACAGUCGGGUGAAAUCCGAGAACGGCUGUUACAUCACUACAUUGAUUACGGCCAAAACAAAGGUCGCUCCGCUUAGCAAGAAAGUCACAUUGCCUCGAAUGGAACUCUGUGGGGCUCUUUUACUAGCUAAGUUGAUUGAAAAACUAAAAUCCAUAUUAAUUAGCAAACAACUACAAAUCUACUGCUGGAGUGAUUCAAAAGUGGUCCUGGCGUGGUUACAGGGCAACGUACAACGAUGGGAACGCUACAUCGCUAACAGAGUGACGCAGAUAAAUAACAUUAUUCCGUCAUCACAGUGGCGCUACGUAAAAUCGGAAGAAAACCCGGCAGACUGUGCCACUCGAGGUCUCACACCAUCACAACUUUUAACAUUCAACUUAUGGUGGGAGGGACCACAAUGGCUAAAAGCUGAAAACUUAGAAAAAGACGAAUGUAAACAUACCUACACUACAAGCGAUGGAAUAAAAACAAAGUGUUGUGUGACAAAUAAACAACAUAAAUACGGAAUCAUACCUACACUACUAGACAGAUACAGCGACUUGAAACGUGUAACACGAGUACUAGCGUGGAUAGUGCGAGCUGGGCAAAUAUUUCGCAAUUAUAAAAUGAAUAAGGUUAUUAAUAACUUAACCGACCACGACGCUGAAAAAAGAGUUCUGUAUUUAUCUCCACAAGAACUAACUAAUGCAACUGAACUUAUAACUAAACACAUUCAAGAAGAGCACUAUAGUGAAGAGAUUGAUAGACUGAAGAAAAACAUCCCUAUAUCAGCGAGGAGCAACUUAUUGAAGCUGACGCCUUAUCUCGACGAUAAGGGUCUGUUGCGUGUAAAGGGUCGCUUCACUAACUCAACUUUGCCUACUGACUCCAAGCAUCCGAUCAUCCUUCCCGCUACAGGAAGGUUGACGGAGCUUCUUAUUCAAGAGGCGCACAAUAACACUCUCCAUGGCGGCGCACGUCUAACUUUAGCACAAUUACGCUUACAGUUUUGGAUUAUAGGAGGAAACAGGACAGUCAAAAAACAACUAAGACAAUGCGUGAAAUGUCACCGUUACAAGCCACACCGUAAUACACAACUGAUGGCUGACUUGCCUAAGGAAAGAGUCACACCAGCGAGACCUUUCACUAACACUGGUGUGGACUUCACUGGCCAUGUUGAAAUAAAAAUCAACAAAGGCAGAGGAGUAAAAACAUGUAAGGCGUAUAUAGCAAUUUUUAUUUGUAUGGUAACGAAAGCUGUGCACUUGGAACUUGUUUCUGACCUGACAACGCAAACGUUCCUGGCUGCUUUCAAUAGAAUGUGCGCGCGCAGAGGUACACCAAGAAAUGUCUUUUCAGACAACGGCACGAACUUCGUAGGUGCCUCAAAACUGUUACAAGAUGAUUUUGAACGUUACAAAACUUUCCAAACUUCAGAAUUCCACGAUGAGAUAAGCAACUUACGCAUACAGUGGCACUUCAAUGCGCCUCUGUGGCCAACAGCCGGCGGGCUCUGGGAAGCUGCUGUUAAAGCCAUGAAGUACCAUCUGAAGCGAGUCCUCGGCGAACAAAAACUUACCUUUCAGCAAUUUAUUACUUUAUUAGCGCAGAUAGAGGCCUGCAUGAACUCGCGCCCCCUAUGUCCACUCUCAGAAGACAUUGAAGACCUGGAAUACUUAACCCCAGGUCACUUUCUCAUCGGUGGACCGCUGCUAUCACUACCAGAGCAGGAAGAAAACUUCAACCAGUACGAUUUGAGAAACAGAUGGAGACUUGUCGAACAAAUGAACACCCAUAUAUGGAAACGAUGGUCCAACGAGUAUCUCCAUCAACUCCAAGAACGCAGCAAGUGGCAUCAUCCUACAAAGAACUUAGAAGAAGGUAACGUCGUACUCGUGAAAGACGAAAACUUGCCACCAGGCCAAUGGGCGCUCGGUAGGGUGACAGAACUUCAUCCAGGAGCUGACGGCAAUGUUCGGGUGGUCUCUAUAAAAACUAAAAAAGGACACCUGAAACGCCCUGUUACGAAACUCGCCACGCUGCCGUACCAAAAUGAACUACAAACUAACCUACAAACGAAGAAGAAGACAGAACAAAUACCUACACCACAAAAAAGAAAUACAGGAGAAGGAAAAACUAUAUACAGUUUAUUCACUAUACUACUUGUGAUGUUAACUGUCAACGUGAAAACUACAAAAUCAUCUCAACUAGAUAACUACAAACUAACGAACAUUGAAAACAAACAUCCGAUAUACUUCGAUGAAGCUGGAAAGAUGCAACUUAUACACGACGAGUGGAAUCUCUUAAUCUACUACAAUCUGACCUCCUACUGGCAAGCUGAAAACAAACUUAAAAACUACGUGGAACAAAUUGACAACAUUUGUCAAAAAAUAACUUACACACCGUGCGACACCAUGGUCAGUCAUUUACGAGAAGAACUGCGUCAUCUCUCCAAACGUGACAGUCUUUUGCUGUCCCAACACCUGGCACGGCAUAAACGAGGUUACUUCGAUGGCGUAGGAAAACUAGCACGAACACUUUUUGGCGUUCUGGACGAGGAUUUCGCUAAAAAAUAUGAAAUGGACAUCGAAGCCUUGACCAAAAAUGACAACUACUUACUACAACUCAUAAAAAACCAAACUCUGAUAAUUGAAGCAGAAAACAAUAUUGUCAAAAAGAGUCAAAACUUUAUGGAAGAUCAAUUUAGCAUCAUACAUGACUACAUGAACAAAACGUAUAACGAAAUUCAAAAGAUUGAAAACCGCGUGCAAAUGUUGUAUGCGGUGAACGAUGUUAACUCGGCCGUUAUAACUACGACAUUAAUAUUGAGCGCAUUGCAACGAAUACAAGAAACGCUGUUAAACGCAUUGUCAGAUAUCUAUAAAGGUCAUUUAGACACGCACGUGUUUCCAACAUCGCAAUUAAUAGAUCAACUGAACAUCAUAUCCGGAAAACUUCCGAUGGGACUAUCUCUACCAAUUAAAGAUACACAUCAAGAUAUACAAGACAUAUACCAACUUAUCUAUGUGAAGGCUCGAGUUACAGAAAAUUAUUUGAUGUUUGAACUUCAUAUUCCACUACUCAGUGAAGAAGAAUAUAAAAUAUACAGAAUUAUACCUAUACCGUUCAUGAG